GAUUUCCCGGAGGAUCCAACUGGGAGACUGAAUGAUUUCAAGAAUUUUGUAAGAAGAAACUUUGAGAUGUGCAAAGGGAUAGGCUUGGUGAUUGUUGCUGCACAGGCAUCAUCCAUCUUCCUGGCCAUGAUGCUCAGGGCUCUUGGUCCAGAUUGUGGAAGCUACUAUGACAGUGAUGACGACUAUGUGCCUGCAAGGCUUCCUAUCUUGAAAAAUCAUGUUCAGCAUACUCCAUACAUUGCUGAUCCUCAUGUCUCUUCCAGAAAUGAUUCUUGGAAUGUUAACAGGUGAAACCACAAUGUCAGCAGAAGAAUAGAUCUUGGCAGUAAAUAUUUUAUAUGGUGGUUGUCUCCUGUCAUUCAACUGAUAUUUGAACUAUUUAUCUUAUUAGCAGUAAGAGAAACUAUUGUAGAUGGUCACAGUAUCCAGAUGUAAGUAAACCUUGUCUAUUCGCAACUAUGCUGUCAUAUACCCCUAUUCACUAUAUACAGCAUGUUAGGGUUGCCUGUUAUACCUUAUAAACAUCACAUGUUAGUGAUGGAGUUAUCACAUCAUAUUACUAUGGUGAUGGAUUGUUAUUACCCUAGCCAUGGAUGCAGCAUAAGAUGAGUGUCAGGAUGUGAUUCUGCUCUAUUGUGCAUGACCCUGUAUAGGAAUUGGACGUCAUCCUGUUUGGUGGAAUACUCAAUAAAAGAGUUAUCUGAUUCCAUA